AUGAAACCGAGGAAGUUGGGUUCUGAGGAUAUUCAAAUGAACAGUCAUCUCCUUCCCUCCCCAUACAAUCAAUCACAACCAGCAACGUGGCUGGAACGUGUGGUCCAAACACUCUGUUACGCCUUACUUGGGGCACCUAAGCAUCCUGCGCCAGAGAAGCCAUCGACAACCCCACUUGCUCUUCAAAAUGAUGCGAAUGAUCUCCCUCCACUCCGCAUAAUAUGCGUCUCCGACACGCACAAUGCAACCCCUGCUCUUCCACCCGGUGAAAUAUUAAUCCAUGCAGGUGACCUGACGGCACAUGGCACCUUCGACGAAGUACAAGCGCAGCUUAAUUGGCUAUCGUUACAGCCACAUACCCAUAAGAUUGUCAUUGCAGGUAAUCAUGACAUUCUUCUCGAUGAGGCGAGCGAUAUGAAGUUUGUUACGCGCACAGGGGACAGUGUCACCGAGCGGAAGAAAUUAGAUUGGCGCGGACUUCAGUAUUUGCAAGAUGAAGCUGUUACUUUGGAACUGCCGGUUCCCGAUUCCGAAGAGCAACGGAUUCGUAGGGUCAAGAUUUACGGAUCUCCACAAACGCCGGAGUUCGGCCUUUGGGCUUUUCAAUAUCCUCCCAUUCGUGACGUGUGGACCGGUCGGGUCCCUGAUGAUACUGAUAUCCUUGUGGUUCACGGUCCCCCGGCUCUAUAUGGAGACUGGGAUGGCGACAGUGGGGCGACAGAGGAAGAUAAGGUGAAAGGGGAUGGAUACCUGUUGCACGAGAUACGAAGGGUACAGCCUAAAAUGGUUGUCUGUGGUCAUAUCCAUGGGGCGUUUGGUCUCGCUAUCAUAAAACAUGAUGGAAUCCAAGAGAGCAUUAACGACUUACAAAUGCGAUGGGGAGGAUGUGGUUUACUCAAAGCUUUCAGGCAUACUCUUUGGGGCAAAAUAACCACGAAAAGCAACGCCGAUUGCGCAAAAGAAACCCUUGUCGUCAACGCCGCUAUUGCGCCGAGUGCUUCAAGAAGCGAGUACGAAGACGCGAUCGCCAUCGACUUUCGCUGA